AGUCCAACAUCCGUCAACAAACAGGACACUAUCAGCACGUUUACACCGCGUUUCAUAACAACAACCUGCAUAACAACGCAACAUUUCCCAGUGUUAUGUAAUCAAGUCAUUUAGAAUUAACCUCAGUCAGAGAAAUGACCUGCAUCAAACUAAUAUUUUCUGGAGGACCGCGUAUAAAAGUCGGACUUGUGGUCGGUGCAGCAUUCAGCUCCUGCAGAUGUUUCCAUGCUGAACAAGUAAGACAUGAAUCCAGCGGACUUCCGAUUGUUCAUCACAGCAAGUAUGUGUGCGACCUCCCACCCAACCACAGGUUCCCAAUGGGCAAGUUUCCCCAGGUUUUAAACUGUUUAAUCAAAGAUCAAGUCAUCACAGAGAAACAGGUGUGGGUCCCUGAAAUUGCCUCUAAAGAUUUACUCAGCUGUGUGCACACUGAGGAAUAUUUAAACAACUUCAUAAAUGGGAAAAUAAAUGAGCAAGAACAAAGGAGGACAGGUUUCCCCUGGAGUGAAGGCAUAGUGAGACGCUGUCGAUAUGAAACAGGUGGAACUGUUCUGGCUGCUCAAGUCGCUCUGCAGAGGGGUUUGGCCUGCAGCACAGCAGGAGGAACCCAUCAUGCUUUUCCAAGCUAUGGUUCAGGGUUUUGUCUCCUUAAUGACUUGGCAGUUGCAGCCAAAUACCUGAUUGGCACCUCCUCCCCGAAAAAGAAGGUUUUAAUUGUGGAUCUAGAUGUGCAUCAGGGAGACGGCACUGCUUUCAUUUUUAAAGAUGAGCCGUAUGUGUUUACAUUCUCAGUGCACUGUGGGAAAAACUUCCCCCUUCGUAAACAACAGAGUGACCUAGAUGUCAGCGUGGAGGAUGGGCUGGAAGACAAGGAUUACCUGUCCACAGUGGAGGCCCACCUCCCCUGGCUGCUGGAGACCUUUCGUCCAGACCUGGUUCUGUAUGACGCAGGUGUCGACCCUCAUUGGGAAGAUGAACUCGGGAGGCUCCGUCUGACUGACCAAGGGCUGUAUCAGAGGGAUCUGUACGUGAUGAAGACUGUGGUGAGCAGAGGUGUUCCUGUGGCUGCUGUUAUCGGGGGAGGAUACUCCAGAGACAUCAACAAAUUGGCCCUCAGACACUCCAUCGUGCACAGAGCAGCCACUCAGGUUUGGAGGGAGUGUGGAAUGUGAAGCCAUCAUGCCCCAAACCAAGAGGACCCUCAGAACCUACCUGGUGCUUGAUCUUUUUGAGCCAUACUGAUGCCAUAUUAAAGGAAUACUAACCCUACUUAAGUGACCCUUGUAUAUCAAUUACUCACCCCGUUAUGUUGAAUUUGUGAGGAAAACUUUUCUCUCGCUUGCCUCUGGUGCACGAAGAACCCAAAAAUGGAGAAAGUUUGUAAUUAAUUGAAGUAAGUGGGGGCUGUGUUUAACAACAACUAACCUAUACCAAAACAUCUGUUUACAAACUCUCACACAUUUGUUUAGUAUAAUCCUAAAUCUUAUUCAUCCAGUCGUAUGCUCAAUACUUCCCAAAUACAUGCAUUUUCGCUAAAACUGUACUAUUUAAAACUGAACUAAAAGUGAAACUUAUCUAGGUAGCUCUCUUCAAAGCCAGACUCCAUUGACAAAAACUGUAAUUUUAUGACGCUGAACACAGGAGCUGCUGGUCUACCGCUGCCUCGAACAGUUUUGUUUUAUUGUGUGACUGUUUCCUAGGGUAAGUUCUGAUUCACCAAUGUCACACAGCAACAAAAAUGAACUACCGAUUGAGGCAGUGGUAGAGCCUGGCUUUGAAAAGAACACAGAUUAAGUUUCACUUUCUGUUCAGUUCCCUGUUGGAAAGGGCUGUCUGCUUGGGAAGUGCUAAGCACACAGCUGUAAAUAAGACUUGGAUUGUACUGCAUGAGGUGCAUGAGAGUUUGUAAACAGAUGUUUUGAUUUUGCCUUCCAUUCACCAUGAAUUUUCCACAUCUUGGAUUCUUCGUUCAGUGAGGAAUGCGAGAUAAACAAAGUUUUCUUCAUGAAUUCAACAUAACACAGGGUGAAUAACUGAUACACAAAUGGUCACUUGGAGGGUGGAGUAUUCCUUUAAUAUUUGGGAAUAAAAAAAUGUAAAGUAUGUAUGAAUUAAUACUUGUGAUUUAUCAAGAAUUAUGUAAGAGAUAUUGGAGACAAUGGAUGGACAGAGAGUAUCUUGACGUAUUUUCAUGUCUUGGACAAAUUUGUGUAAUGAUGAGUUUUAAAAUUGGACAGGUUAUUUUUAGCGAACCAACGUGGUAUUUUGAUAGGCUAAUAUAAUCCAUCCAAUACAUAAAGAGAGCUCUACUGGAUAAUAUAGUUGGAUAAUAUGGAAAGUCAUUGGUCUUGGCCAUGCACGUGACUCUAUUAUAUCAUACCAUAUGUUGUGAAGUGAAUUGAAAAACAACCGUUUACCUCAAUAAGAUACUGUAUCACUACUACAGCAGUAACUGUCUUUUUAACUAUUAAAUAUUCUGUUAUUAAACAAUA